AUGGAUAUUGUUCCUGAAACAAAAACAAUGCCUAUUUUGAAACUUCCUGCCGUCCCUUUGAGUAAUGUAUUACGAAACUUUAAUCAAUUGGAGAUAGUCGAUUUUUCGUUAGCUUCGAAAAAAUGUCAAUUCAUCAUUAAGUCGAUCAAAUUCGACAAGUUUCACAUUGGCCUAGGUUUGCAGCCGAAGCGGGACCCAAUUCUAUUCUAUUGGGAUUAUUACCUAUAUUUCGAAUUUUCUAUUGAUGAUUUGAAGAAGAGAAGCAAAUAUAUGAAUAAAGGAGGAACAUGGAGUCAACUCUCUAAUGAUGAAAAUGAGAUGCGUUUCAAAUAUGUUACAGUAUGGGCAGACUAUGUUUGUGAUUUGUUUCGAAGGGACAUCGCUUUUCUUUACUUGAACUCAAAUGAAUCGCUUCAAGAGAUUUCAGCGAUUACAGAAUGGAUGAAUACGCGUCAGACUUGUUUGGAAUACUGUGAAUUUUCUGGAGAUGAUACUAAUUGUGAUACCUUUGAUCUUUUUUUUGAAAAAAUGAAAUUUUCAAUUCAAAAUUUAUGUUAUGAUCUGAGGCACACUCAUGAAAUACGGCAAUUUAAUUGUGGUAUCUUGGAUUUGAACGGACUGUUUGCAAGAAGCUCAACUGUCAAUUAUCCUGUCAAUUGGAUUACUGAAGAAGAUAUUAUUACUUCCAACUGUGUCACAAUAGUGAUUGGAGUUUGUUACUUCAAUGAGAACAAUUUAAAUCGGGUAUUAAAAGGAUGGAUAGAUGGAAAUAAUCCAAGAAUGACAAUUUUCACUCUAGCAGUAAAACGUCUUGAUUUUGAGAUGUUAUUAGAUGGAAUUGAGUUUGAAGAAAAGGAUGAAUCUCUUAAACGAACGUUCAAAUCGGAAUAUAUGGCAGGAAAACUUAUGUACGAAUUUGAAGGAGGAUUUGACAUUCGACAGAAAAAUGGCAAACUCGCAACUAUUCAACAGAAAAAACCGUAUAAAAAUGGAGAGGAGCAGAUAUUUUGGUUCGUAAUGGCAGUGUGGCCGAACAAUGCUUGA